CAAAAGCCCAAACAAAAGAUUGUCACCUUGGGGACGUUUUAGAUCGAUAGGAUUUACUGUUAUCUGUUAAUCACGUGUAUUAACAGGUUUUACAGGGCAAUGAUGAUACUUAGUUGAUCACAGUUUGGAGAAAUACAAACAAACAUGGAAUUUACAGUUAGGUUGUGAAAAUGUCACAUUGAAUGAUUGUUGAUGAUGAUCAUGAUGAUGGUGUGAAAUUUUUCAGCUUCACAACUCUUAGAAUUUAAUUAAUUAUUUAUGAAAUAGAUGGUGUAAAUGCUAUCUCAACUUGUGUGUGAAAGAAGGAACCUUUCAAUGGAUUAGUCUAUGAAUAAAUUUAGGUGGUCAAAAAAAAGAUGUUAGCAACAUGUAAUUAUCGGUGUGAGGGCAGUGGUGGUAUUGAAGAAGUCAUGAAGCAUCCACCAAUCAACUUUGAAACUUUUGAAUAUAACCUUGGAGGAGUAAUAAAACUCAAAUGUAACAGUCCUGAAAAAUGUGGUGUUUGUGAAACAUGCUCUCUUGGCAGUAGAGUAAGACUUGUUAAAAGUUGGUUUUCCAAACUUGGUGAUCACACCAAACGAAGAUUCAUGUUGGGUCUUCUUAGGAGAAUCCACAGUGUUGAUUUGUUAAACCAGUUAGUAAAUAUAUUACAACCAUUAGUUAAUAAAGACUAUACUUAUGCUCGUAUGAGAACUCACCCAGGAAUAGACACAGAUAUAUCCACAUUAAGUUCUGAUCAUGCACUACCAGCCUGUGCUGUAGAAUAUUAUGUUACCUCCACAUGGGACUGGUUUACAGAUGCUAAUUAUUGGACAAAAGCAAACUUUGCUAUGACUAUUUUACAACUUUGUGAUGCAAAUCUAUUGUUUAUGUUGUAUACACAAGCUAAAACACUUUUGGUAUCAGAAGAACGGGCCUUAUCAGCAAAACCAGAAACUGACCACACGGAAGCAGCAUCUGUAUACAGCAGUCAGUAUUCAUUAGAAUCAGCAGAACAUCCAGAACUUAAUUUAUUAUCUCAAGCCAGACCAGACUACAGUAAAAUAAUUACAGACCCAUUUACAGGAGAUCCUCUAACUAUAAACAUUAAAGAAAAUAAUAGUGAUGGUAGUAUUACUGAGAGUGUGACAAGUAUUGAUCCAGCUUGUAUGAUUAUACCUACUGGAUCUAAAGUUUAUUCAGGUGUAGCAAGAUAUAAAGAUUUUAUUCGUAAUCUUCCUGUCCACCUGGGUAAAUUUAUUUUAAGUUUUCUAGAUAGGGGCAGUCUGACCAAUGUCCUUUGUGUGAGUCGGAACUGGAGAAGUUUGGCUGAAGAAGUCAACCAAGAACGUCAUGUUAAUCAACUCUUAAUCGAAGAAGUUAUGCUAAUGCAGGGUGCUGCUGCUCAAUGUGCUAAUCCUGUUUUUGCCAGAGAUGUAGAUGUUUUGGUACCUAAUUUACAACCUGGAACAUGUAAUGUCAUCCACACUGAUGAGACUGUUGUUAAAACUCAGUUUAAGAAAGAUGUCAGUUUUGAAACAGCUUAUAGUGGUGUAGCAACACGUAAAGUUAUUAUGGAAGAGAGAAAUGUUUAUUGUGGUGCUUAUAAUGUAAUGGUUUUAAAAGAUCAAACUGAUACAAAUCGAGUAAUUCAUACAGAUGGUGGAACAUUGAUAGCUACAGGCUCUAAAGAUCGUAAAGUAAGAUUUUUAGAUGCUGUUUCUGGUAAAGAGAAAGGACCAUUAAUAACAGGCCAUGCUGGUUCUAUAAGAUGUGUAUUUAUCUGUGAGAAAAAAAAAAUAGUGUUUAGUGGAAGUUACGACACCAGUAUCAGAUUAUGGUCGAUAGAAACUGGCCAGUGUUUAAAAAUAUUUCGAGGUCACAGAGAUACUGUGAAUUCUCUAUUAUUAGAAGGUGAAGUAUUGAUAUCUGGUGGAAAAGAUGGUGCUUGUAAAGUAUGGGAUUUACAGACAGGUAAAUGUCAAAUGACAUUUCGUCACAAGAGUUCUGUUUGUAUAGUAUCUCUUUGUAAAGAUUGGUGUAUAGCUGGUUGUGAAUCGGGUAAAAUAAGAGUAUGGAGUUUAGAUAAUGGUAACUUAAUCAAAACAUUAACUGGGCAUCUUGGACCUAUAACUGGUAUUAAGUUAGAUAGAUGGCAUAUAGUAUCUGGUAGUAGAGAUGGUUAUGUAAUGGCGUGGAGUGCACAUGGUGACCAUUCUAGAUGUUUAACAGCAUUACGACAUCCAAAAGAAGUUUUAUGUUUAGAGUUUAUGUAUUUACGUGUUAUAACUGGUUCAGCUGAUGGCCGAUUACGAAUUUGGAAUUUGGUAACAGGACAGUGUUGUCGUAUUAUGAGAGGAAACAGUCGUAGUGAUCCAAUACUAUCUAUCAUUACUAAUGGUGAUAGAAUUACACUGAAUACAAGUCAUAAUCUCCUUGUUUUAAAUUUUGAGAAAGUUGAAUGGGAUUAUUCUUUAGAAACAGACUCUGUACCACCACUGGCACAAUAUGGUUCCUAUUCAGAUGCACCAAUAAGACAACAAUCUUAUGCCUAUGUGAGAGCCAUGCGUAUGAAGAAGGCAGGAGCUACAAAUACUAAAAUAAUCAAUCACGAUGGUAAUAUGAAUGAUGCUACUCAUGUAAAGUCUUGGUUACAAUCGGAUUACCCAGCUCCCCAAAUUCUCCAUAGCGCCAAAUCACUAAGUGCCAUAAGUUUAGAAAGUGCUAGAAGAAUUCAAUCCAGUCAAUCUCUGUCUGCUACAUAUGAGAGUCGUCUGUGGACUGGAGAAUCUGAAGGUAAAAAGAGUGAAUCUUGCGGAGUAACAUGGCAGCAGACUAAAGGUCAGAAUGUAUCUCCACCAAACAGUGCUCCUCAGCGAUCUCCUGUCUCUACAACCUCUAACAAGGUACCUAACUCGAGAUCAUGUAGUCGACCUGCUACAGUUAAAUCUCAACCAUCCAUUGUAAAAAUCAUGGAUCCACCUGUUCAGAAAAUAGAUGGCAUAGAAUUCAAGCCUCCAAUCAAUAUUGAAAGAAGAGUAUCGUGGGCCUUUGAUAAACCGUUAUUGCCUUCGGCCAAGGAUAUUUCUCUUUCUGAAAUGAAGGCCCUGUUGAGGUCUCAAAUAAGAAUGAAGGCAGAAAAUAUUGUGCCACCUGAUUUUAUUUAUCUGACUGUGAACACAAUACAGCGAUCAAUGAGUCAGUCAGAAACAAAUACCAAUACAUAUUUAAACAUAAAAGAUGAACCUACUCAAACUAUGGCAACUGUCCACAGACCGUCCUCAUCGCCUGGUAAAAUUGAUCCAAGAACAAAGGUUCCUGUUGAACAACUUGGUCUGGAAUAUCUGAGAACUUUCUCUGAAGAUGGAGAGACUGUUGUUUCAGAAUUAUCAGAGCUGAAAUCAAUCAGAUCAAUGAAAUCACGAGAACAACUCAGACCACCACCUCUACCCGAGAAAGAAAUCUAUUCUAUCAAAUGUAUCUCCACACCACUAAAAACCAAAGUUACACAAUCUGUUCAUCCAAAACAAAUUAAAUCCACCUUACCUCGAGGUAGAGUUAUACGUCCCUUAUCAGCCACCAUCAUGCAAAAGAUACCAGUUGCUCCUGAGUUUAUGAGCACCCCAAAUCGAAGACCAAUAACAGCACCUGUACAGGCACGACCAACCACUCUUAAUGCUAUACCCUCCUCCAUAAUACCAGCACUUCCAGGAUCACAGACGAGCCGUCAUAAAAAACAGGGCUUUAAAUCCCAAUCCGUAGAAACCAACAUUGUACCCAUGUUGAUGUAUUCACAAGAAGUUAAAGAUAAAUUAGAACAGUUAAAACACAGACAAAUAGAUAAUCAAGAGAAGAUACCUUACUCAUUUAGUGCUCCUCUUUUAGGUAAAGUCAGCCCUUAUAAUAAUCCUUUACGAACACAUGUCAAGUUUGAACUAAGAACCAAUGAACAAGAGCAAGAAAUGGUCACAAUGAUUAAAAAUAGCCACAAAAAUCAGAAGGUAAAUAAUGACGAAGUGGAUGAGAAGAAAAAAAGAGCUGCUUGGUUGGCAAAGGCAAGAAGCAAACCUAUGUAAACAUAUACUGUUUGAAUGGCAUUUAGUAAUUGAACACAUUAAAAUAAACACAACAGUUCUAUGGAUAACAAUUACUAUAUUUCUAUAAAGCUAUGUUUCAACAAUGAUUCUCUUGUCGUUAUCAAGCACAGAGUGUAAACAUGUUGAAUAUAAACUGGAUAGAGUAAAAACAAAAACAUACUUAUAGAAAACAGCUACUAGUGUAUUUUAAGGGGAUGUUUCGAAGAGUGUUCUCUCAACGUUAUAAGGGUUAUUAGCUUGAUAACAUUGAGAGAACACUCCUCAAAACAUUGCCCGCCUUUAAAUUUGACUGAUUAUUUAUUUCAAUGACGAACAGUAUAAAUCCAAAUUGUAUUUAUGACAUAAAAUUUAGAAGUAGAUACAUGAAACAUCAAUAUUUCAUUCAUGUUAUCCUACAUUAAUUAUGUAAUAAAGUAGGAAGUAAUGAAUAUUAAAUGAGAAGAAUAAAUCAUUUAUAUACCUUUGACUGACAAAAUUGCUGACAUAUUGAGAUACUCAUUAAAGAACGUAUAGAGUACAUUAUGCUAUUGAGUAAGACAAGAAUUUAUUUCACCUUUGCAACUAUCGCACAGCUACUUUGUUUCAGACAUUUUUUUUUUGAAAAUAGACUUUCAAGGUUGAAAAAAUGUGCCUUAUAUUUAUUUAUAUACUGCAGUAGAUAGCAGAGGGUGACAAUAUAUAAUAAUUUGACAAUAACAACCAAUGACUUAUAAUCUAUAUCUAUUGAAGUUAUAUUAUUUAUACCUUGUAAAUCUGUGAUUGUAUAAUCUGUGAUAUUAUUUCUUUUUAAGUUUCUUGUUUAUUAAUUUGUGUAUUAUUAUACUUUGACAAUAUAUUUAUAUAUUU